AUGGGCGAUGUCCACUGUCAUGCUGGCCAGAUCAGCGUCUUCGUUGACAUCGACCGCGUCGAGGAACAGAGGCUUGUCGCCGCGGCGGCGGUCAACGUCCCAGUGAUAGCCCUGAAAGAGCGCAUCCUCGACCUCAAGGCCUUGAAACAAGUCAACCCAGCCCUCCCGAGCCACGUCUGGGGUAGUGUGCGCUUGCUCCCAGUCGUCGAGACGAUCGCCUUGAGGCACGUUGGGCAUAUGGGUCGCCGGGUCUGGAUGCCGAGUCAGAAACCCUAUGCCGACUUGCCAGCCGAGAUCGCCAUCGUGUCCAGAGACCUUGGCGCAUUCGGGGCAGACGGCCCCACAAUGCUGGUCGUUGACCUCGGGCAAGCCCUUCUCAAAGUGGUUCCAGUUCCCCCGGAACGUACGGCCAACAGCGAAUAG